CUGUGCCGGGUGCGCUCGAUCUCAUCCCAGACGUGACCAACAACGACGCAACAACACAAGGCAAGCAGCAAGUAAUCACCAGCGGGCAUCCCGGCUUAUAAAAGGGCGGCCGCCGCGCUGGCCAACGCCGCUGACAGGCAGUCGCAGGCGCGGCCGGUCGGGCAGAAGUUUCCCCCCUUCCUAGCGCGGCCGAGUCGCCGAGGCCGAGGCCGAAAACUCCCCGUCCGAUCGGGCCAAAAGCAGACUAGCAGAGACGAGUCUUGCUCGCUCCCAAACGGCCGUUUUCCCCUUCCGCGCAUCGCCACAAAUAUCCUUCCUCCUCCCGCUGCUCCUCGGCGUGGUCGCUCGCGGGCGGAGAUCCGGGAGGGGAGAUGGCCAAGAACGCAGGAGGGGUGCUGCUGCCGGUGUCAGCCGAGCCGGGGAAGGGCGACGGCGAGGCCGCGCUCUUGAAGGGCUCCGCCAUGACCCGCCGCGGCGCCGUCGCCGCGCUCUCCUACAUGUCCUGCUCCGUUUUGCUGGUGAUGUUUAACAAGGCGGCUCUAUCUUCAUAUAAAUUCCCUUGCGCAAAUGUCAUUACACUCCUUCAGAUGGUGUGCUCAACGUGCCUUCUCUAUGUUCUGAGACGGUUAAAGAUCAUUUCUUUCACAAAUAGUGAACCGUCAGUACCCUCUGAUUCACUAUUCUUUGUGCCGUUCAGAAUACUGCUGCGCACUUCACCGCUUUCGCUGGCUUAUUUGCUCUAUAUGCUAGCUUCAAUGGAAUCUGUGCGUGGAGUAAAUGUUCCUAUGUAUACAACUCUAAGGCGCACAACAGUAGCAUUUACAAUGACAAUGGAGUAUUUCUUGGCAAAGCAGAAACACACCCCACCUAUAAUUGGCAGUGUGGCUUUGAUUGUAUUCGGAGCGUUUAUUGCUGGGGCUCGAGAUUUAUCAUUUGAUGCUCGUGGGUAUGCCAUUGUCUUCGUCGCCAAUAUAACUACAGCUGUUUAUCUUGCAACUAUAAAUCGUAUUGGAAAAUCUAGUGGGCUGAAUAGCUUUGGCCUGAUGUGGUGCAAUGGACUUGUUUGUGGACCUGCAGUACUGUUCUUGACAUAUAUUCAGAGCGACCUCAAGAAAACUAUUGAAUUUCCUUACCUUUAUUCCCCUGGUUUUCAGGUGGUGCUGCUAUUUUCAUGUAUACUAGCAUUUCUAUUGAACUACACCAUCUUCUGGAAUACAAUCCUGAAUUCUGCACUUACACAGUCAAUGUGUGGCAAUUUGAAGGAUUUCUUCACUGUUGGACUUGGCUGGGUACUCUUCGGUGGGCUUCCUUUUGAUCUGCUUAAUGUCAUCGGCCAAGGCCUUGGCUUCGUUGGCUCAGGCAUGUAUGCCUACUGCAAGAUCAAAGGAAAAUAGAUAUUGAUCUUUAAGGAACCAAUGGAAAGUAGAUAUUGAUAUGGGCAGUAUGGCUUAACCAAAGUAGCGUUCAUCAUGCUGUUUGCUCCUGCAUAUGGGAGAGAAAAUUUUGUAGGUUUUCCUGGGUGUACAUUUAUAAACUCCAAUUCUCCUGGGUAGAACAUGAAUGAAUUGCCAUUGUUUGGCCAAGGAAAUAUAGAAUACAACAAGAUUUCAGCA